AUGGUGGGGAAAGCAACAACAAUAAAGGAAGCGCUGACCAAAUGGGAGGAGAAAACCGGAGAAAAGAGCGGAGAGGCCACAGUUAUAAAGCUCUAUGGUCAGAUUCCCCCGAUUGAAAAGUUGGAUUCCACUCUUAGCAAAAUCCCCUGUUGCGAAAAGCUGUGUCUUUCCACAAACUGCAUUGACAAAAUAACCAAUUUAGGAGAACUAAAAAGCCUGAAAAUUUUAUCAUUGGGUAGAAAUAAUAUCAAGGCCUUCACUGGCUUGGAUGCAGUUGGCGACACAUUAGAAGAAUUGUGGAUCUCUUACAACCUGAUUGAGAAAAUGAAGGGAGUUCAUUUGAUGAAAAAACUAAGGGUUCUCUAUAUGUCCAAUAACCUAGUCAAAGAUUGGGGAGAAUUUGCAAAGUUGGCUGAUUUACCAUGCCUUGUAGAUCUGGUUUUUGUGGGAAAUCCUCUAGAAGAAAAACACACCCCUGAUGGAACAUGGAUGGAUGAAGCUACUAAAAGAUUACCUAGACUGACAAAACUGGAUGGGAUUCCAGUCAUUAAACAAGAUGCAGGUGCUGAUGACGACUGA